AUGACUAGUCCAACUCGAGUAAUUUCAUCACCAACUGCUUCUCGUGUAACAACUAUUAUUCCAAAUACAACUGUUAUUAGUCCUCGAUCAAUUGCUACUCGUAGUCAAUUGGAAGAAAGUAUCAGUACACUUCAAAGAUCAUGUCAUUGUCUUAAUAGACAAACAUCACUUAAUGGGAGUAUUAUUUCGACUUCAUUUCAAACAGAUGAACAAGAACGUGUUCAAAAGAAAACAUUUACAAAAUGGGUUAAUAUUUAUUUAUCAUUACAUGAACCAACAUACUAUAUCAAUGAUUUAUUCGAAGAUUUUCGAGAUGGAACAAAACUUGUUGCUUUACUUGAAGUUCUUUCAGGACAAACAUUGCCAAUAGAACGAGGAAAAAAACGUGCUCAUUGUCUUAGUAAUGUAGACAAUGCAUUGAAAUAUCUUGAAAGUCGAAAGAUCAAACUAGUCAAUAUACGUCCAAUUGAUAUAGUCGAUGGAAAACCAAUGAUGAUUUUGGGUUUAAUAUGGAUGUUAAUUCUUUGUUAUCAGAUUGAAGAUUCAAGUAUGUUUGAUGAAAAUUCAAAAGAUAAUCGUAGUAAAGCCAAAGAAGCUCUACUUGAAUGGGUUCGAAAGAAAACAUCAGGACAAAUUGAUGGUUUGGAUGUACGAGAUUUUACAUCGAGUUGGCGUGAUGGUCUUGCUUUUAAUGCAUUAAUUCAUGCAAUUAGACCAGAUCUAGUUGAUUUACGUCGUGUUACACGAAUGGAUGUUCGUGAAAGAUUAGAAAAUGCAUUUACUGUUGCUGAACAACAACUUGGUGUACCACGUUUAAUUGAUGCGGAAGAUGUUGAUGUAGUUAAACCAGAUGAAAAAUCUAUAAUGACUUAUGUUGCUCAAUUCUCUCGUCGAUUUCCUGAUUUACCAUUCGGAUCAAUAAAUAAAGAACAUGGAGAACUUCUUCGAUGGGUAGCAGAUAUUCGACAACGUUUAACACUCGUUAUUGAAGCACCCAUCCAAGACAUUCAAGCUGAAUACAAAGAGUAUGUAAAACAACUAAAAGAAUUUAUUGAAAAGCAAAAGCAAUGGAAAGCAUUCGAACGUAAAGAAUCCAAAUCUCCACAUUUUCCCGGUGAAAAAUUAAAAGAAUUAAAAGAUUUCUUUGAUGAUAUUGCACUCAGAAUGAAUCGAUGGAGAUUUAAAUUAGAUUCAAAUCUUCCAGGUGAAUUAGGACAAAUAGCUGAUUGGAUAAAUACAGCUGAAGAAGUUUUAUCUAAAGGAAUUAAUUUUGAUCGAUUCAAUUCAUCACCUGAAGAAAAUAUUCAACGUUUCAAUCAACUUAAUGAAGAACAUGCUGCGAUAUUUAAUGAUAAAGAAGCUAUGUUAAGAACAUUUCAACGCAUAAAACGUGAUGCAUCAAUUAUAAAUAAACAAAUUUCACUUGAACAUUUAACAAAUUUAAAUGAACGUCUUGAUAUAAUAAUGAAUGGUAGUGAAGAACGUGGACGUUAUUUAGAGUUUGAAGAAAUACGUUGGAAAGUACAAAAAAUAUUUGUACAAUUAGAAUUUUUUAUUAUGGAAUUAAAUAAAAAACAAACAAACAAAAUAUUCUAUUAA